GUUUUGGUCGUAGUCUGACAAAGAGAACUAGCAGACAGAGAAAGAAGGAAUCAAAAGAGAAUUUCACAUUUAGUGGAGCUGUAGCAUGACUAUUUUCAACAAAAAAAUACAUUUGGAAUAGUCUUUCACGUCGUCRUCAGCCAGCAGGGACUAUCGACAAUUGCUUCUGUGUUUAUGGGGGCGAAGUUGUCAAAGAAACGUCGGUGCGUUUCUUUCGGCYUGAAAUCGGGAAUUUUGUUCAUUUGUGUCCGAUUUGAAUGUUGGUCGGUCUGAGACUGGGAGCCGCCAUGGCUGGUGCUGUCGGAUCUUUUAGUGUCAAUAUAAKAAUAUGAAGAUUAGCUAUUGGACCUGAUAUUGUUUUAUUUUGAGAAUCAUUCAACGUAAGCAGACUUGUCGUUCAUGCCAUUGUAGGCAGCCUAUUCCUCUUUACCGCUGUGUUUUUUAAUGGACUGGCAACUUUGAGAGGCCCAAUUUAUGAGACACCUGGCUCAGGCCGUUAUUUUAUAGAAUGCCUUUAUAAGGUUAGCCUAGGUAAGUGAAAGGAACAUACAAAAUAAAAGGGAUGACAGAUUAUUGCUGAAUGUGGCUGGACGACAGCUCGAGCCCAGACACAGCUGACCGGUUCGAAAUUAGUUUGCUAGUUAGCUGGCUGGCUAGCUCGUGUUAGAACGAUAUAAGAAGAACCAGAMCUAACGUUAUAUCGUGGAAUUGGCUACCAAUUUUCUUUUAACAUUUAUAAAAACAACGCAUUCUACAGAGGACAGUCAAAGACUAAUAGAACGGGRAAAAGUACGAUUCGACUGAAGACGAAGCAGGGAUAUCUUGGAUUGGAAUAUGUCGGGUCGGCCCAGAACCACMUCAUUCGCAGAGAGCUGCAAAGCAGUGCCGCAGCCCUCAGCAUUUGGCAGUAUGAAAGUCAGCAGAGACAAAGAUGGCAGUAAGGUGACCACGGUGGUAGCRACCCCAGGCCAGGGUCCCGACCGGCCGCAGGAGGUCAGCUAUACAGACACUAAGGUCAUCGGCAACGGCUCGUUYGGSGUGGUCUACCAGGCUAAACUGUGUGACUCCGGGGAGCUAAUAGCCAUCAAGAAGGUUCUGCAGGACAAGAGGUUCAAGAACCGGGAGCUGCAGAUCAUGAGGAAACUGGACCACUGCAACAUAGUGCGUUUACGCUACUUCUUCUAUUCCAGUGGAGACAAGAAGGACGAGGUGUAUCUCAACCUGGUUCUGGACUACGUUCCUGAGACUGUGUACAGAGUGGCUAGACACUACAGCCGAGCCAAGCAGACCCUCCCCAUGGUCUAUGUGAAGAUGUACAUGUACCAGCUCUUCCGGAGCUUGGCCUACAUCCAUUCCUUUGGGAUCUGCCAUCGGGACAUCAAGCCCCAGAACCUGCUGCUGGACCCGGAGACAGCCGUGCUCAAGCUCUGUGACUUUGGCAGUGCGAAGCAGCUGGUCCGUGGUGAGCCCAAUGUGUCCUACAUCUGCUCACGGUACUACAGAGCGCCCGAGCUCAUCUUUGGGGCCACUGACUACACCUCCAGCAUAGAUGUAUGGUCCGCUGGCUGCGUUCUAGCAGAACUGUUGCUAGGGCAACCCAUUUUUCCCGGUGACAGUGGGGUGGAUCAGCUGGUGGAGAUCAUCAAGGUUCUCGGCACUCCCACUCGGGAACAGAUCAGAGAGAUGAAUCCCAACUACACUGAGUUUAAGUUCCCUCAGAUCAAGGCACACCCAUGGACUAAGGUGUUCCGGCCGCGCACGCCCCCUGAGGCCAUCGCUCUGUGCUCGCGGCUGCUGGAGUACACGCCCACAGCGCGCUUCACGCCCCUGGAGGCCUGUGCCCACACCUUUUUCGACGAGCUCCGGGACCCCAACCUCAAGCUGCCCAACGGGCGCGAGAAGCCCCUGCUCUUCAACUUCUCCACACAGGCGCUGCCCAUGCCCGAGCUCCUGGACGACAACAGUGGCAUGGCGGCACACCAACCAAUUAAUAAAGCAAAGCAAGAAAACUGACGCCCGACAAAGAUGAACACAAGGAAAACCGAAUCGGAACUUYGUUAUUCCCCUACCACCACCACCCUCUCCCAUCGUUUUAAUGUUUGUUUAUUUAUUUGUAUAAAAAGGACAACCGUGAUACGUUCUCAGAGCUGCUCUUCAUCUUUCUGUACUUUGAAGAGGAGGGGACCGAGUGCGGGUGUGUUUAGUGUAGAGAUAAUGUAUAGCUAUAUAAGUAUACAAAAGUACUCUGACGUGUUUGUUUCCAUAGACAAUCUUCUUUUUUUCGUAUGCUAGAUAUAGUCAUCCCACUCUCUCUGUAUAGGAGAGGCCUCUACAUGCGUCCUGCAACAGCCUUACGUUCAGACUGUGGCCCGUUGGGGCCCCUGUCGACCCCUUCCCACCCAUUCAUACAUAUACAUCUGAGGACCUUGAUGACGUCGCGACUUUUAAUGGUUGACCUCGGUGUCUGUGUUCAAUGUACACAUACACAAUUGAUAUAUUGUAGAAUUGUGUCAGCUWCUCUCCCACUUCAGAAAUCACACUCCUGCUAUGCAGCACCAUUUUGACAUUCUGCUCGUAGGGCAACAGUUGUCUCGCAACUCCGCACGUUUUUUGGGUACGUCCCCCUUUUAGCUCCGAGAAACGGUGCAUAGAUGCGUUUUACCGCGUUUUUCCCCUAAGGGUAAUGCCAUACCGACAAAACUUUGCCAGAACAGACCUAAGAGCAAGAAAGAGAUUCUGUCUCAUGUGAUUUCAAUGAAGUCCAGGACCUCUGUAUUACUGUUCCUGCUGCUUGUCAGAUAGAUAGACAUUAUGACUAGUAAAGCCUGGUAUUGUUCUGUUUCUUGUUAGUGGGUGGGUUUCGGGGACUGGCUAUGAAGGAUGCUUGGAUGCGGGCGUAUGAUUGCAUUUCCUCACAAUCUUUUGUUACCAUUCUGUGUCCGAAUGUUCCCUAUAAUUUAGUGCACUGCUUUUGACCACAGUCCACAUAGCUCUGGGCAAAAGUAGUAGGGAAUAGGGUGUCAUUUCAGRCGCAGCCCCAAUGUCAUUUUAAACCACUGACUUCACCCUUUCCUGCCUAUCUUUUGCAACUGAAAGUCCUGCCAUCCCAUCCCUCAACACUUUGAAGACCUAUACAAAAAGUACACACAAAUGUGUUUGUAUUUAUGUUUGUAGAUGCUCUUCACCAAACUGGCUUACGUGUGCGUGUCUUCCUGUGGUAUGUAUGUAAAUAGGCAGACCCAAGAACUGUUAACGAGCAAAAAACAACAAAAAUGAAUGAUAUAAAGAAGAAUACAAAAUAAAAAAACAUUCAGGUUAAAAGUUAUUGUAUAGUCAAACUGUAGAUCAGCUUUGUUUUUCUUCCUCCAGCCAUAUAGUUCAAUCUCAACUGUACAGUAGGUGCCAGCUGUAUCAUUGUAAGAAUAACCAGUAAUGUAUAGUGUAUCUAUAGGUUGGAGUGCCUUUGCUUCCACUCAUUCUCUCCCCAGGUCCCCUCCCUCCAUGGUCCUACCUGGAGGUUCUGGUGUGAAAUUGCCCUUACGCACAGAUCUAGUUUCAGCUUGGCCUCCCGAAAUCCUAACCAUAGUGGGGRAAAUGCAAAACUGACUCGAGACCAGCGUACAGGGCAACUUCACCCUAUUCCUUCCUGGAGUGCUGUUGACUUCCCCUUUCCACCUCUCUGAUCUUACAUGUACCACAAUUCACUGCAAUAGCCAGGUGUCACACAGA